CUGGACGUCAAGAUGAGCCGUCUCCUCUGGCCAGUUCUGCUCCUGCUGUUGUUCUCCUCACUGGCCCAGCCUGGUCACCUGAGGAGUCGAAUCAUCGGUGGGCAUGAAGCGAAACCCCAUUCCAGGCCUUACAUGGCUGCCCUGAAGAUCGAGAACGACAUGGGCUGUGGUGGAUUCCUAGUGGCGCCCCAGUGGGUCAUAACUGCAGCACACUGCAUAAGCGAGAUCACUGUCAUCUUGGGAGCGCAUAAUGUCUACCAGAUUGAAGAAUCUCAGCAAGUGCUCGGCGUUGAGUCUUACUUCAUACAUCCAGAAUUUGACCGGUUGACUGUUGCAAAUGAUAUUCUCCUGCUUAAGCUGACUGCAAAGGCUACUCUAAAUAAGUAUGUCCAAGUUGUGCCCUUGCCAAAGUCGACCAGCGACCUCCCCACCGGCACACCCUGCAGCUUGGCUGGAUGGGGCCUCAUCGAUGAAGACCAGGCCACGGAGAAGCUCUACGAGGCUAAUAUCACCAUCUACAGCCGAAAAAAAUGUAUGACGAUCUACUCAAAUUUGGAUGAUGGGAUGAUCUGUGCAGGCAGCGACCACCAGCUGCGGGACACGAGCCAGGGGGAUUCCGGGGGCCCCAUGGUCUGCGGCGGUGUGGUGCAUGGAAUCGUCUCGUUCGGCUAUGACACCCCGCCUGGGGUGUACGCGCGUGUCGCCCACUACCUGCCCUGGAUCAAGGAAGUCAUGGGGCCCGACCUGUGAAAAGGAGCACUGUUGUUCUAUCUUUCACAUCGUCUGCUCUUGGAAUGAGCGGCUUGGCUUGCUAUCUGCAAUUCUUCUCUCUCCCAAGUGGUGCUGUUGCAAAGAAACAAGCCGCACAAUCGGAAUGAGCCAGUCCAGGAGAGAUUUGCUGUGAAAUUGUUAUUUCCUUGCACCUACACUGUCACCUCAUCCCCUCCUGCAUCCAGAGAGUUCCUCAGCCUUGUCCUGCCCCACCCUUAUUUCCCCAUACUUCUACCCUUACUUCCCCAUACGCCCCUUCCCCAUACUUCCACCCUUACUUCCCCAUACGCCUCUUCCCAUGACCUUUCCUCUUCCCAACUCUAACACACCCAUGUGCCCCGGAGCCUUCUUCCUUAAACAAUUCUCCAUCCACUCUAUCUUCCUGCCCCAUAUGCCUGGAACAACCUCCCAGCACACCUGUAUUGGUGCCACCCACUCAGUGCUCCUUUCUAAUCCUUCUUUGGCCCCAGCUGGGUGGUAGCAGACAGGCAGCGCACCCGCCCUGCUUUCCUCAAGUCAUCCGUCCGAAAACUGCUAUGAGCUUGCAGAUUGACUGAUGAAGAGUUAUGUGUAGCUGGGUGGUUGGCGCACCUCUUACAUCAAAUUAAAAACAGCACAAUAAAAAAAGAGUCCU